AUGUUCUACCAACCUGGAGUCACCGACCACAAUCUCCCACAUGAUCCAUUCAAGGCAUGCGUCGUGCCCCGUCCGAUCGGAUGGAUCUCAACCCAGAACAAGGAAGGACAGGCCAACUUGGCACCGUACUCGCAGUUCAACAAUCUCACGUUUGACCCUCCUUACGUGAUGUUUUCUUCAAACCAGACGGUGAAUGGUGAUCGAAAGGAUACGGUCGUGAAUGCCGAGCAAACCGGGCACUUUGUUUGGAACCUGGCCACAUGGGAUCUGCGUGAAGCGGUCAAUAUUUCGGCGGAGCAGGUUCCAUACGGAGUAGAUGAGUUCGAGCGAGCCAACCUGGCCAAAGAGCCAGCUACCCUGAUGGAUGUUCCCAUGGUUCAGGAGUCACCGGUGAAAUUCGAAUGUGAAUACCACUCGACUGUGCGUCUGCCGGGCAAUCCCCCUAUGGGGACAGUGGAUAUUGUGAUCGGUCGGGUGGUGGCAGUGCACAUCAAGGAUGAGGCUCUGACAGACGGGAUCUUAGACGUUCGAAAGACGAAGCCACUCGCACGUUGCGGAUAUUACCAGUACACUGUCAUCAAGGAGACGUUCGACAUGGUGAUUCCUGGCAUGUCGGAGGAUGUUUUGUAUGGGUUGGAAGGCAGUGCCAAACGUAAUAAAGAGGCGGAAUCGCGAAAUGCGCGGUGA